AUGGCCCGUACGCAGAAGAACAAGGCAACCAAUGCGCACUUGGGUAUGCUGAAAGCUAGACUGGCCAAGCUUCGUCAGGAGUUGAUAACACCCAAAGGAGGUGGAGGCGGCGGCGGCGAGGGAUUUGAUGUGGCGAAGACGGGGGAUGCUCGCGUCGGUUUCGUAGUGGGAGGACAAGAUGAACAACUCAAGCAAAAAGACAAGGGUGAACACUCGCGGACAUCAGCCACAAUGGGGUGA